UCAAGAAUUUACACUUGUAUACCCAGCUUUUAUAUACAUAUGAAAAUACACACAUAAGUUGUGACAGCGUUUACUAUCAUUCAUGUGAAUUCUAGUCUUUGACAUGAUAAAUUCAUAUUGACUCCGUUACGAUAGGGGGCGAUAAGGCCGAACAAGCGGCGCAGAAGCAAGUGAUCGAGACUGUCUGGCGGCAUGACAUGUUUUGAGGGAAGUAUACCAAAAUAAUACGCGUUAAAGAUGAGCAACAUAUAUAUUCAAGAACCACCCACUAAUGGAAAGGUGUUGCUGAAGACCACUGCAGGUGAUAUUGAUAUAGAGCUCUGGUCUAAGGAAGCGCCCAAGGCAUGUAGAAACUUCACUCAGCUCUGUAUGGAGGGUUACUAUGAUGGCACAGUCUUUCAUCGUGUGGUGCCAGAAUUCAUUGUUCAAGGAGGUGAUCCGACGGGCACUGGAACAGGCGGGGAGUCCAUCUACGGUCGCCCUUUCAAGGAUGAAUUUCACUCCAGAUUACGCUUCAAUCGGAGAGGUUUGGUUGCUAUGGCAAAUGCAGGACCUCAUGAUAAUGGGAGCCAGUUCUUCUUUACUCUUGGACGGGCUGAUGAACUUAACAACAAACACACCAUUUUUGGAAAGGUCACAGGAGAUACUGUCUACAACAUGCUCAGGUUAGCAGAUGUGGAGUGUGACAAUGAUGAACGGCCACUCAACCCACACAAAAUUCGAUCCACAGAGGUCCUACAUUCUGCCUUUGAUGACAUCAUUCCGCGUGAAAUUAAAGUGAAAAAAGUAAAAAACAAAGAAGAAGGGAAGAAAUCACAGUCCAAAGCAACCAAGAAUUUCAGUUUGUUGUCGUUUGGAGAGGAGGCAGAGGAAGAGGAGGAGAUGGUCAAUCAAGUCAGCCAGACCAUGAAAGGGAAAAGCAAAAGCAGUCAUGACCUGCUGAAGGAUGAUCCCAAGUUAAGCUCUGUUCCAGUCAUUGACAGGAACCAAAGUGCCGGAGAUGAUUUUGAGGAUGCAGACGAUGAUGUGGAGGACGACAGCGAUCGUGAAUCGGAGAGAGAGAAGGUCCGAGAGAACAUUGCAAAGAAACUGAAGAAAGACCAGAUGGAUGAGAAGACCAAUCAAGAAGUGGUGAAAAAGACCUCUCGCAGUGAUGAAUUGCGAAAAGAAGCUCGCCAGCUGAAGAAAGAAUUACUCGCAAUGAAACAGCAAAAAGAAGAUAGUGUGAAGAAAGAAGAGGAUGUCACUGAGGGUGACAGUAAGCCAACAAAUGAGGCGGUGACAGAGUACCUGGAGAGCAGGAAGAAGUACGAAGACAUGAGGAAGCAGAAACUAAAAAAGGGUUCUGGUCGAGAGGCUCAGACACUUGCCCUUUUGGAAAGCUUCAAAUCCAAACUAUCAUCUGCGAUCACGGAGACUCCUAGUGUUCCAGAGGAAAACAUCGAGGAACUAGACGAGGAUGAUGAUAAGGGCUGGAUGGCCCAUGUUCUGCACUUUGAUGAACAAACCAGAAAAGUAAAAGAUGCCAACAUGCAGGACGAAGACACAUUCGAGAUCUAUGAUCCACGCAACCCUGUCAACAAGAGGAGACGUGAGGAGAGCAAAAAACUCAUGAAAGAGAAGAAGGCCAGGAGGUGAGACUACAGCUACACUCCUCGUUCACCGCUCACCAGCUGCCUCAAACUGCCCGUCUGGAAUGACUCCUACCAUUAGAAAUCUUAUUAACUGAUGUCCUGUCAGUGUAAAUGGGAGAUAUCUGCAGCCUCUUUAUUAAAAAGACAUUCAUUUAUACCUACUUAUACUGGAGAUACUUGUGAAGAUGGUGGGUGUUUAUUGUUUUUAACCCAUAGAGGAAAAACAACACCAUCUGCUAACAGUGGGUAGUGCAUUUUAUGAAUCUUCAUACAAAAACUUUUCAUGAACAGGUUUAGUCAUCCUUUCAAAAUAAGUGUACAUUUUCAUCAUGGUAAUAAAAGUCAUUAUUUCUAAUA